AUGGAAAGGUAUCGAGAACAUCAGGCACGACCACUUUCGACAUUUUCGAAGGUGAGGAUCUUGUGGUGGAAUCGCAUAGCUAAUGUUCUUUCCAAAGAUUUUAGUGACCUCGAAUAUGACGGCAUUCAGCACGAAUUAACAAUUGGCGGAAUUAAUCCAGAUAGAUAUCUUGAACCACUUACCUGGUCAAUGGGCAACCAUGAAGGAAACGUUGAUACCAGGACCUCACUAAUAAUUAUGCCACCUGCCGAUGCUCGGCAAAUUUAUGAAGCAAACCUAGGUGGUGGAGGUGGUUGUAUUAUUUAUCUGAUGAUUAUGAUGGUUCUACCACCUCCACCAUCAACUUGUGGAUGA